CAGCAGCGAAUUCCAUCUCUUGUGAACACAACUUGUUGCACUGGUGUUGAGCAAUGUCGGCACUAGAGGUUCGCCUGCGCGCAUUGUUUACGGCAUCGAUCGAUCACUCUGCGGCCAGAGAGUUGGUCAGCUGGACCACCGCAGCCUUUGACGCGUGGAAGCAGGGCCGUUUUGACAGCGAUCACCCAGCCAAAAGUUUGGUCAAUUGAACGACGGCAGCAAUCGAUGCAUUAUAGCCGCCUGGCGCUGUAUCUCUAGUUAGCAAAGUGGACGGAGUUGAUAGUGCAAGGGGCAAAGAUGAUCGAAGUGGAGGGCUGAGGCAGAUCGCGCUUGCUGGACCCCGGGCGGGGGGACUUGUAGUGAAGGGACCACAAGGGAGCAGGAAUCUUGUGGUCUUAGGGAUCGUCUGUGGUGCAGUGUUCAGAGGUCGUGACCG